AUGUCCUGGAGGCGCUCGUCCCGUCUCUGCGCGUCGACCGCCAGUCUGACGUCCAGCGACACGUCCAGCCUGUGCCAGCUGGUGCGCCGGGAGCGCCAGCUCGCCUCGGACGCCUCGACCAGCCUGACGCAGCGGCUGGCCGAGGCGGACCGGCUGCGCACAGAGCGCGUGCUCGCCGUGCGCCACGCCGCCUGUCUGGUGACGGCCAUCCGCGCGGCGCUGCCGCACCGACAGGCGGCCGAGCAGCAGCGGCGUCAGGCGCUGCUCAACUCGCCGCUGGCAGCCGAACUCUGCGCCGAGGAGGACCAGCUGCGGGAUGCACGCCGCCGCGAGGAGUCGGCGAGGCUGCGCGACUGGCACCGUCGACUGGCCGGCGGCGAGGCCGGCGGACUGGCUGCGGUGCGGGCAGAGCAGGGGGCCGUGCUGGCAGAGCUGAACACUGAACAGGCGCGUCUCGAGCAGGAGGUGUCCCGGGCGGCGGUGGCGGCCUGCGACCCGGCGCUGGAGCUGCCCACCGGCGUGCCGGCUGACUGGCGCUGGCUGACGCUGCUCGACACGGAGACACAGCAGGAGGUGAGCGACAACUGCGCCGUGGUCGACUGCGCCUACAUGGCGCGUCUGGCGGCCGGCUGGAGCAGGCACGGCUUCUGCGGCGGCCCGGCGGACCUGACGGUGCCGCGACUGGCCGCGGCGCUGGCCGCCGUCCAGUUUCAGCCCGAGGACGCGGUCAGCUGCUGGGCGGCCGUGGAGCGCGCCUACCCGCCACAGACGCCCGGCAGAGAGGAGCUGGUCAACGACCUGAUGAAAGACGUGCUGGGUCGCCAGCUAGAGGCACAGGUGCUCGGCUGGCUGCAGGUCAACUGUCAGCGCCAGGAGGCGCAGCGGGAGCACGCUGAGACACUGCGGCGCGGCAGGGAGCUGCGCCAGCAGGUCAACGCCUGGCGCGAGCGAGCCAUGUCCGAGGAGCGGCGCCGCGUGGCGGCCGCCGAGCAGCAGGCGGUCGACGCCAGGCAGCAGCAGGAGGCGGUGCGGCUGCGCGAGCAGGCGCGCCGCAGCGCCGAGCGCCAGCGCAUCACCCUAUUCCAGGAGAGGCGUCGUGAGCGAGAGCAGCAGCUGCGCGAGACGGAGGCGCAGCGACACGCCGCGCUGCGCAACUGGCGGCGUGCAGAGGCGGCGCACAACCAGCGCCGAGUGGAGCUGCGCAGCGGACUGCGAGAGGAGCGGCUGCGCGCGGAGCAGCAGCGCCGUCAGCUGGCUGCCGAGCAGGAGGCGCAGCGUCAGAGCCGGCUGGACGCGCUGCGCUGUGAGGUUCGUGUCGAGGCGGAGCGCGACCCGGACCGGCUGCUGGCCGAGACACUGGCCACGCGGGCGCGCCACGAGGGACCGGCGCCGCCGCCGCCGCCGGCGCACGCGGCCAACCACUCCUUCUGGGACAGUCAGCUGACAUCGGACCGGCGACUGCGUCUGGAGAACCGUCUGCGCGAGGCGGGCCUGCUGGACAGCUGCUACGCGAGCGAGGUGUUGCGCGCCGUGGGCGGUCCCCCGCGGCCGCACCUCAGACCCGAACACGACUGGUCAGCCGCCGGUGACCGCUGA